CUAGUUGUUAAACGAAGAACUCUUGUCUGUAACAGCUGCAAUUCGCUGUCCGCAAAGAAAAAUUAAACGCAAAAGUUUGCUAAUUGGCCUCGAAACGGAAGAUAUGCACUCAUGAAUUUGCAAGAUUCAUUGUUCUUAAAAAUGCACGUAGAAACAGAUGUGCGCUUCGAGGCGAAACAUAAGCUUUAUUUUGGUAGUAAAAAUUCUUCAGAUGUUUGAGAGACUGCACGAGUAAAUUUCGUGUAUGGAAUUAGCGUAAAGAACGCACUGGGCGACGAUUCUUACUACAGCUCUCACUGUGCCACUUUUCGACAUAUACGCGAUGAUGUGGCGCGGGAUGAAGUUCGUCGAAGUUAUGAAAAUGUGUACAGGAAGGUGGCAAAAACUGCAUGACGUCAUCUGUGAGAUGCAGUAAACAGGGCUUUUGUUGAUAAAGUAAGAUUGCUGAAAAGAUUUGCCGGAGGUGCCAAAAGAGCAAAAGUCUAGAGAAAUGCCCCAUUUCGGCAAAUCCAAAAGUGAAAAAUAUGAACUGAAUCCCGCAGAUAGAAAUCGAGAAGGUUAUGGUGCGUGUAGCACAGUUGAUGACGAAGAGGAUUAUAUACUCUCCAGAGAUCAGCUGGAAGAAGAUACUCAAUCUUUUAGUAAUGAUUGUGGAAUCAUCAUGCCAAAUGUCCCGAAGUGCGACAAGUCCACCUACUUCAGAGAUUGCAAAAGAAAAAUUGAUUACGUUCUGGUUUACGAAGAUGUUUAUGACGAUAGGCUUAAUCCCAGGACUCACAAACACGAGGCUUGGAGAAAGAAGUUCAUGGCAAAUCUCGUUAAAGCUGGAUUACUUAUGGAAGAAGAAACUGUAGAGAGUGAUACAAAAGCCAUUCAUUUCAUCAAAUUAUCUGCUCCUUGGCCUGUUUUAGUUCUUUAUGCUGAACAGCUGUGCAUGAGAGCCCCUCUACAAGCUCAUCCCAAUCCUAGCCAUAACUGGUCUGAACACAUUCUUCGAGCUAUGCGUAUUCCAAACAUAAUGCACGAAGAUGUUCCAAAUAAACCUCUUGACUAUUACACUUGUGCUUUCAAAAAAUCUAAGCUUGAUAAAUUCUUGGGCAGUGAUAAUCAAGAUGAAUACUUCAGCCGUACCCAGAGAAUUCGUAUCGUGCAUGCUAUUUUGCAGACCGCAGCUUACGGUAAACGUCGAAGAGCACAAAUUGGUAUCGAUAGGUUAACAGAAGAAGGAGCUUACACUGCUGCGUUUCCCCUUCAUGACGGACCUUAUCAACUUCCUGACCGACCUGUUGCUCCAGACAAUUUGAAUAAACGUCAGGUCCUUUACAAUUAUUGGGCGAGAUGGAGCAAAUGGUAUAAGUACCAGCCUCUUGAUCACAUCAGGGAAUAUUUUGGCGAAAAGAUAGGGAUUUACUUCGCUUGGCUGGGUUUCUACACUGGUUGGCUCUUCCCAGCAGCUGUUGUUGGACUAGCAGUAUUCUUGUAUGGCGUGUCAACAAUGCACAAUGAUACACCUUCGAACGAAGUGUGUGAAAGCGGAAAAACAUUUCUGAUGUGUCCCAGAUGUGAGGAGAGUUACGGCUGUGCAUAUUGGCACCUGAGUGACAUUUGUAUGUUUAGUAAAAUGUCUUAUCUCUUCGAUCAUCCCGGAACUGUCUUCUAUGCAGUUUUUGUUUCAUUUUGGGCGGUUUCAUUUCUCGAAUACUGGAAGAGAAAAAGUGCCAGUCUAGCUCACCAUUGGGAUUGCAUGGAUUUUGAAGAAGAAGAGGAGAGACCGAGACCGGAAUUCGCUGCCAAAGCACCCUGCGUUGAAAGGAAUCCAAUAACAGGUAUUAAAGAACCAUCUUUUCCUACGACCAUCAGGUACAAGAGGAUAGCCAUAGGUUCUGGAGCCAUCUUAGUAAUGAUGGCAUUGGUUAUGAUAUUCAUCGUGGCAGUCAUUAUUUAUCGCGUCUUGAUCUCCAUCUUCCUGUUCCGUACGGACACUUUUCGAGGAGCUGCUUCUCUGAUAGCAAGCUCUACUGGGGCGCUUGUCAAUCUCUUGCUCAUCAUGGCCCUGGGACGAGUUUAUGAGAAACUUGCUCUUAAACUGACGCAGUGGGAGAUGCACAGAACACAGACGGACUUCGAUGACAAUUUAACAUUCAAAGUAUUCAUAUUUCAGUUCAUAAAUUUCUACUCAUCUAUUUUUUACAUCGCUUUUUUCAAAGGAAGAUUUGUUGGAUAUCCCGGUCACUACAGAAAAAUGCUUGGACUACGAAAUGAAGAGUGUGGAAACAGCGGCUGCCUAAUGGAAUUAGCUCAACAGUUGGCAAUCAUCAUGAUUGGAAAGCAAAUCAUCAAUAACGCACAAGAGAUUAUUCUUCCAAAGCUCAAGGCAUGGUUUCACAGAAAGCGAACAAAGUUGAAUACGGCAGUGAAACUAGCAAGAUGGGAGGAAGACUAUCAGCUAAUUGAAAAUGAAGGACUUUUUCAAGAAUACUUAGAAAUGGUUCUGCAGUUUGGUUUCAUCACAAUCUUCGUGGCCGCCUUUCCACUGGCACCUCUUUUUGCACUUUUGAACAACUGGGUCGAGAUCCGUCUGGAUGCUCAAAAAUUCGUCUGCGAAACGCGAAGGGUGGUAGCAGAAAGAGCACAGAAUAUCGGAAUUUGGUUCAGCAUCCUCGAACUCUUGGCUCAUCUCGCAGUUAUCAGUAAUGCAUUCCUCAUCGCCUUUACUUCUGAGUUCCUGCCUAAAAUGUUAUACGAAUACGAGUAUAGAUGGGAUCUAAAAGGUUAUGUUAAUUUUACUUUGGCAUGGGCACCAAAUGGCACACUUACGCAAGCCUGUAGAUAUUCAGACUUUCGAGACCAAGAUGGCAACCAUACGACGUUUUACUGGAGGCUGCUAGCAUUAAGAUUUGGCUUUGUUAUAUUAUUUGAGCAUGUUGUGUUUACUGUUUGUCGUCUGAUCGACAUGUUGGUACCCGAUAUUCCACUCGCCCUAGAGCUGAAGAUCAAACGAGAGCGGUACCUCGCGAAGCAAGCCCUGGCAGAUUCUGAUACUAUUAUGAAGGUUGCUCAGAGAAGGGACGACGAAGACGAUGAAGAUGACGAAGGCGCAGUACAGAAGGACCAAAGUGACCAAUCUAAACUAAGAACUUGAUCAAAACCAUAAUUUCUCCAGCACCUAAAUGUUGUCCCAUCAAUGAACAACCAAAGGAAAUAGUGAUAUUUCCACGAUGGUUGAUCAAUUCCUUUUUUGUGGGAUGGACACCCUCAACCUUCUUGAUGGCCUACUUCUUGCUACUGGGAAACCCGAAUCUGUGUGGGAGUUUCUUGGUACACCAAUUUCCCUGUGAUAUACCGUUCUCAACCUCUGUGUUCUUAUAUUUUAUAUGUUUCGUGACGCUAUGUAUUGCUGAGGACUUGUAUGUUUCCUCCGAAUUACCACCUAGAUCUCCAUGCUUCAGAGCAAUACUGCUAUCUUAUUCUUUAAGAAACAGUGAUUUACUUAACAUUUUUAUUAUUUUCUAGAUGUUUCGCCGCUUUUUGAAAUGCUCUCCAGUAUUUUCAAUGUGCCUAUGCAAAAAAUUAUUUAUUCUCUUUGUCGCAUUACUUACUAUUGUACUUAUUUUUAUUCUCAACGCUCUAGUCAAAGUCGAUAUAUAUUGAAAGUUUUCGGAUUUCCUUAAAGAAACAUUUAAGCUGUUGCUUCACUUUCUCCUGCGUCUUAGAAUUUAUGGUAAAAUGUAUAUGAAAAAAAAUAUUUGGCUUGAUAUUCAGUUUUGUAUUAUGCUCACUAGGUUAUUUUAACAAACAGAUGGAUUACUUAAGUUAUUUAAGUCAAAAAAGUGUAUUAAGAUUUCUUAACUUUUUCAAAAUGUUAUUCAGAGUACAAUAUUUGGUUUCAAAAAACGCCUCCAUAUAGUUGAACCAUUAAAUAUUCUUAAAAUUUUCUAUAAAUAUAGAAAGUUUUUAAUAAUUGACAUAUUUUAGUGAAAAUAUAUUGCUAUCUUGCUCUUGUGUCUAUUGGGAUUAUAAGAUUAAGUUACAUUUAAAUAAAAUUUCCAAAUAAAUGUGUUAAUUCAGUAGUUAAUAGAAGUUUCAUUUAAUUACAAUUCUUCACUCAAUUCAUUCAUUGUUCUGCUGGAAGUACGAGAUAAAGUAUUUGAUGAAAGAUUAUAUUUUUUAUUAAGAAUAGUUAUUAGAACAUUAAAUAUAUAAGCGUGGGUUACUUAAAAAUGUUUAACCUAGAAUCUGGAACCAUUUUGACAGACAAUCACUGAUUUUGGGUAUUUUAUCUAGUAAAUUUAUAGUAAUUAAACUAACUGUCUUCAAAGUUCUAAUUAAACAUUCAUUUUGGAGAUAUCUAUUGUAAGACAUCAUUAUUUAUAAGUGAUACGUAUAUGCUUUAUUUUAAUUUCACCCCCCCCCCCGUAUUUUAAGUCAUUCUAGGCAAAACGUUAAACCUAAACUAUCACUUCUCUGAGGUUAAUUCCUUUUUUUUAUAUUAAUAUCAAAUUGCUUUUAUUAAACUAGAAAAUUUAAACAUUGCUGCCUAAAUCUUUCUUUCAGUUCUGCAGUGCAGAAUGGAUUUAACCACUGCCUAUAAAACUUGUAUUUUCUAACCCAUGGAGUUUCGUGAAGCAUUUACACGAGAAUUUUGCGUUCAUAAAUGGCAUAAGCCGGACUUCAGUGCUAGGCAGCCUGACCUUGUUACGUCAUGGAAACUGGUAUAUGUAUCAAUAUUUAUCUAAAUGUUUUAACUAUUCAACUUUAUGCCAAGAUGGAAUAAGAAUCGACCAAUAAUAGUGAAGCAAAGCCGAACUGACAUUCGACUUUCAAUCAGCUAUGCAUUCAUGCAUGCGCAGGUUUAGCUUCUUGAUUGGCUUCAGUUUAAAUCCUAUUUCCCAGGUGAGAACGGAGUUAAUAACUGUUACAGCUUUAUAACAAUAAUGACGACUACACCAAUGUCGUGAACGCUUCUUCAGAUACUAUAUACAUAAAAAGUUUUGACUUUUUCCAUUCAGAAGGGAUAAAACAGAAUUCUAAAAAUCAUUUAAAUAAUUUGUGUGUGUGUGUGUGUGUGCUCUGUUUUGUGAUCUUAAAUUUUCUCCGAAAUACAUGAGCUUUAGUAUAGUUGCUGCAGAAAGACUGUGGUGCUUAACUUUUUUAAGCAUUUGUAUUUAACAGGAGAACUACUGGAAAUUUUCCAUAAACUCAUUUUCCAAUCAUUUCUGAUUUGAAGAUUAAUAAUAUAACUAAGAAAAAAAAUGACGUAUUUUUUUAGUUAUAAUAUUGAUUGUUCAAAGCCCUAUGAAAACAGUCUAAAGCUGUGGGCACAGCAUUCUUGGGAAUCCCAAGACACUCACUUUCCUUGCUUUUAUGAGAGGAACAAAUUAUAAUGAGGAAUUAUGGAAAGACUAAUCGGUAUCUAAAAUCUAGAACUUUGUAGGCCUGGGUAGUAAUCAGGUCUGCCUCUGAAAGAGACUAAAGCUUGUUUAUUUUUUAUGGUUCGUUACGAAGGCAUUAUCUUUCCUAAUUCAUUAAACUUACUUUUCUUUAAUUUUCUGACGUUAUCUCUGAUUUUGAUUUAAAUCUAUACAUAAAUUAUGAAUUGUUAGUCUGUUCAUGAAAAUGAAGAAUAGUGAACUAUGAUUUGCAUUUGUGUGUUUAUUUGUCCUGGACUUUUAUGUGUUUAUUAAACAUUUGUGUGUUUUUUAGUUUAAUAUGAGACGAAAUGUUAAGUGUUCUUUAAUCCGUCAGGGAGCGAAUUUUGUGUAUUUCAUGAAACAGAUUACAUCACUCAUCAAUAUUUUAAAGGACUGUCAUGUGCCAAAAGAAUGUUUUAAGAAAUUUGUAGUUUGGUCCUUUUGGUUGAUGCUUAAACAUAUUAAAGCAUAUUUUGUACAUAACAUAACAAAAACAUAUUAAACUUAUUUUGCAUAAACUAGUAUCAAAUUAAAUUGAUAAGAAAUCGAUUUUAAAAUGGAUUGAAAUCAAUACAAAAUAUUAGUUUUGUAUGUGCGAUGCGUAAACUUAAAUAAAUAAAUAAUAAAAAGAAAAACGAAAACAAACGUAGAAAUCGAUUCCCCCCCUCGUUUCUUAUUUUCCUUCUCUGUCUCUUCUCCCCCCCCUCCAACAAUGAAAUUCUGUAUAUACACCAUGUAAAUCUUUAUAAAAAAGAAAAAAAAUUAAAAGUCGCAUUAUUUUACAAUAGCAGAAUAUUUACCUCGUUUUCCCCCUUUUUAUACUGAAAACUAUUUACUUUUUACAUGCAAUAUGUAAACAUUAAAAGAUAAAUAUGAAAAAAAGAAAGGAAAUAGAAAUAGAAAUUUUCUUUUAAUUUUUUUUUUCAUCAGAGAAUGUUUAUCCAGUCUUUCUUCCUUUUCACAAUAAAAAAACAUUUACUUUGUAUGCAUUAUGAAUUUUUAAAAAAUAAUUGGUAAAAAAUUAGAAAUCGAAUUUUUAUGUAAUAAGAAAAUAUUUACUUGUAUAUGCAUAUGACAUGAAAAUUAGAAAAAAAUGUAAACAUUUCAGAUUUUAUAUAUACAUAUUAUAAACUCUAACUAUUUCAAACACAGUAAACAUCAAAUUUAGCUGAAAUAAAACCAGUAUGAAAUCAAACAAGUAUUAGCUCACUCUCUUUUUCAAAUAAAAAUAUUGUAUAGUUGCCAACGAAUUAGAGCAAAUUUUACAAUUUAAAUAAUAUUUUUAAUGGAGGAAAACUUGCAAAUGAUUGCAUUAAGCAGAACCGAACCAAUAAAUUUUAACUUUAAAAUUUAAAGGAAUUCACAAAAUUGUACUCCUUAAAUAUUUGUUAUGAUUAUUUUCAUAUUAAUCUAUCCUUUCUUUCAAUUUAGAAUUUGUUCUAACUUGUACUUGAAGUAUUCAUGUAAUGAAUAUGGCUCUGCAUAAUUUUACUGCUUUAAUAAAAUUUUCGUUUGUGAUAUAGAGACGAUAGAGAAAGGUUCUGUAUAAAAGGAGCAUUAUGUAUGACAUUAAAAAUGUCAUUUAUUACUUAUGUUAAUGAUAUCAAUGCUAUUAAAAUUCAUUCUCAUCCUAGAAUAUCCAGACUGCUAUUUAGUUUCCAUGUGGUUUUAAAUGGCUCGAUUUGUUACACUAACAAGCAAUGUAUUAUCUUAAUUAGAAUAUUAAAAGAAAGAUCUUUUACGAUGCAGAUUGGCAACAGUUUCCUUCUUCAUCCUGGAUGGACAUGGUUUUCCUCAUAAAAGAAAAUAAUAUUAUCCCUUCAGUUGUUAAAAAUGAUUAAAAAAAGCAAAUGGUAUAUAAUCUAUUGAUUAAUUGUGUUACAAAGCAGAGAAUAAGGAUUUUAAAAUUCAAAUAAAAUGUUUGGGAAAGUUUAUAGAAUGGAUCAAAAUCUGUACCUCGAGUUUCAUGAUUGAAUAGUAUAAUUAAUAUUUGAGAACUUUACGUUUUAUAUGUAUAUUAAAACAGAUAUGUAAUUCUUUAAUAAAUCACAAUCAAAAUCGUUCAUAAUUUUCUAGAAUGAAUGUGAUACCGUCGUAUUUUUUUUUUUUUACUUUAAAAUUAAAUAACAGGUACUGAUAAAUUACUGUAAUGAAUUACUUACUGUUAUUAUUAUUGUUGUUGUUGCUAUUAUUAUUACUAUUAUUAUUAGUGUACUUGAUUUCCUAUAACUUAAAUAUUAAUUUUGUAUGUAAUCUUGUAAUUAACGUUGUUUUGCUAACUUCAAAAUACUGUAUACAAGUUUAAAUUCGGUCGCGGACACUUAGCCGACAACCACUUAGCCGACGGGACACUUAACCGACACCAGUUAGCCGACAAGACAUUUAGCCGACAAGGAC